AUGAAGCUCCUCAGUUUGAUCAGCUUCGCCACCCUUUUGGCAGCCGGGGCAUCAUGCGGCUGUGAGACGUUUGCCAUGACGUUCACAGAGCGUGUCGCCACCCUCUUCUGGGAUCGCAGCGCAUACUAUGCUAUCAUUACGGAAUUCCAAAACUGGGUCACUGCCAACGUCCCCGACCCGUACAACUACGAUAAUGCACUGUACGCCCAGCAGUUCAUCACCGUGCUCACAUCGUACGAGCAGGGUGGAUUGGCAUCCAGCGUCCCAUCCACACCCCCAACUGAUGCUGACACUGAGCAGUAUUCCUAUUGGAUUUUUGGUCUUACGGCUUGCGUCAACGGCCUGUACAAUGACUACGCCACGUACCAGCCAAUCAUCCAACAGGCA